AUGGAAAAACAUCUCUCUUGUUCUUUAUAUGGUUCUUAUUUUGGAAGUGCUUUGGUUAUAACUUGGAAAACCUUUCUGAUAAACUCGAAGGAUGUUUUCUACUCGGUAUUCACGCUUUAUGUGCUGCAGCCUCACCGUUUAGAAUUUAGUGGCGGAAUUCACGAAGCGCAAGUCAGCAUUCAUGGCUACGUACAACCUCCUCCCCCACAGCGGGACGACUGGUGGCUGACCUCGCUGCUGGCGCUGUGCUGUGGGUGUCUGAUCGGAGAAGCCUGCUGUGAUCAGCCAUGCCUUUGCUGCGUAAUACCCUGUCCCAUACCUUGUCCAAGAUUCCGUUAA